AUGGAGAAAUCGCAGAAAAACAUUGGGGAUUGGGCGAGUGAAAACAAAUUCAUUCAGUUUGUGGUGAGGGUCGGUAAUUUUUUACCGGUGGUAUUUAUCGUGUUGCUGGUGAUGUGGUCAUAUUAUGCUUUCGUGGUGAGAUUAUGUAUCCUUCACUUGUUAAACGAAAACUCUACUCAAGGAGUAAUAUAUUUGGUCAUCUACCAUCCAUUAUUAUUAAUGAUGAUGUGGUGUUAUUUUGUUGCCACUUUCACUUCUCCGGGAUAUCCUGACGAUCCGAUAUCAUCAAAAUCUUCUCGGUUACUUACCCUUCCGGGAACUACGAUCUCAUCCCAACAUCAUCCAUCUGAAAUUCAUAGUAGUCCCGAGGUGAAAAACACUAUUCUAUUAACAAAAACUGGUUCUUCCAAACAGAAACCUAAUAUCAUCUUGGAUGAAAGCGGGAAUCCGGUUUCGUUGGGGGCGAUUAUGGUAAAACAGAGUGGUGAGAAAAGAUAUUGCCAGAAAUGCCAGUAUGAUAAGCCAGAUAGAACACAUCAUUGCAGAGUGUGCAAAAGGUGUAUUCUGAAAAUGGAUCAGCUAAACAAUUGCAUAGGAUUUCGCAAUCAGAAAUCAUUUUAUCUAUUUGUCAUUUGGGGGUCACUUUAUUCACUAUAUAUCACUAUAGCUACCAUACCGCCCACAGUAAAUUACCUACAAUAUUCUAAUGAGGCAACGAUAAUGAGCCUAGACCUAAACAUAUCCUUCCUUAUACUAAUCGGUGGUGUGUUUGCGCUAAGUUUACUAGGUUUUUCCAUAUAUCACACGAGUCUGUUAUUGUCCAACCAAACUACGCUGGAAAGCCUGAUGACAAAACAAAAUUUUAAGAUGCGCGAAACUGACGAGGUGACCACCGGAAAACUUUUGAAUUUAUAUGAUAUUGGCAAGAGGCAAGUACAUGAAUUAAUCGAAACGAUGGUAAUGGGACCAACUUGGUAUUUAUGGUUUUUACCGGUUGGAGAACCCAUGGGAGAUGGUAAAACAUGGUUAUUGAAUACCGCCCGUUACAGCAGUUUAAUAAAUUCUACAGACAACUUGCCUGGAACACCGCAAACCGUUUGA